AUGAUACAUUUACGGGGAUUUAUGAAUGAUCGGUGUACUUUCCGAUUCCCUAGCACGGUUAUAAAGAUCCAGUUCACAUCUUUGUACCAUAAAGAGGAAGUAAAAGAGGAAGCCUCGUCGCCUCCCCUUCGGCCACUUUACCCUCAAAUAUCGCCUCUGAAGAUCCACAUCCCGGAGCCGGAUCUCCGGAGCGUGGUCAGUCCCCUCCCGUCCCCCACAGGCACUAUCAGUGUUCCCAACUCUUGCCCGGCCAGUCCACGUGGUGCUGGAUCCUCAGGAUAUCGUUUUGUUCACAACAUUACCUCGGAUCUGCAGCUGGCAGCAGAGUAUGCCGCAAAAGCAGCAUCAGAACAGCAGGCAGAUGCAUCUGGCGGGGACAGCCCAAAGGAUGAGUCCAAGCCACCCUAUUCUUAUGCUCAGCUAAUUGUGCAGGCUAUAUCUUCAGCACAGGACAGGCAAUUAACACUAAGUGGGAUCUAUGCCCACAUUACCAAGCAUUAUCCAUAUUACAGAACUGCUGACAAAGGCUGGCAGAAUUCCAUUCGGCACAACCUCUCCUUGAACCGUUACUUUAUUAAAGUCCCACGCUCCCAGGAGGAGCCUGGAAAGGGCUCCUUUUGGCGAAUUGACCCUGCCUCUGAAGCCAAACUAGUAGAGCAAGCAUUUAGAAAACGAAGGCAAAGAGGAGUGUCCUGCUUCCGAACACCUUUUGGGCCUCUCUCCUCCAGGAGUGCUCCUGCCUCCCCUACUCACCCUGGCCUGCUGUCCCCUCACUCUAGUGGCCUACAGACUCCAGAGUGCCUGUCACGGGAGGGCUCACCCAUUCCACAUGAUCACGACUUUGGGUCAAAGUUAGCCUCAGUUCCAGAGUAUCGGUAUUCACAGAGUGCACCUGGAUCUCCAGUCAGUGCCCAGCCAGUGAUUAUGGCUGUUCCUCCCCGACCGUCUGCUCUGGUGGCAAAACCGGUUGCGUACAUGCCAGCAUCAAUAGUGACUUCUCAACAGCCUUCAUGUCAUGCAAUUCACGUAGUUCAGCAAGCUCCCACUGUUACAAUGGUCCGAGUUGUGACCUCCUCUGCAAACUCUGCAAACGGAUACAUCCUUACGAACCAGGGCACAGCAGGAGGAGCUCAUGAAGCUGCAGGAGCAGUGUUGGAUUUAGCUGGUGACCACCGAGGCAUGGAUGAAAAGCCAACGAUCGCAUUUGCCACAAUACCUACAGCCAGCCGUGUUAUUCAGACAGUCGCCAGUCAAAUGGCACAGGGUGUUCCAGGACAGACAGUCACGAUCCUUCAGCAGGCAGCUCCAGUGACCAUUGGACAGCAUCAGCUCCCCGUGCGGGCAGUCACUCAGAACGGGAAACAUGCCGUGCCCACCAACAGCAUCACUGGCAGCGCUUAUGCUCUUACAAAUCCAUUGCAGCUCCUUGCAGCCCAGGCCAGCUCGUCCACUCCUGUUGUAGUCAGCCGGGUAUGUGAGACGGGGACCGAAGAGACAGCAGCAGCCUCUUCCAGUGAACCUGAAGUCAAAAGACCCCGGAUAGAAGAGUCCAGUGGAGCGGUUCCAGCCCAAACUGGAGUCAUCACGUCUACAAUGCCACAAGGACAGGCAACCAGUGAAUGAAGAACCAGUGGGAGGAGCUGGAGUGAUGCGGGGUGGGCAUGGGAUGGCAGGAGUCCUAAAGCAGUUUUCAAAGAAAACAAACCACAACUGUAACAGCUCAAAACGUAGUGGAUGAAGAGCUCUUUUUAAAGUCAGAUUUUUAAAAGGGAGGUCAACCGCUGUUAGAAUCACAAGGUGCCAAAAAGAAUGGAAAAUCCCUCCCAAGAACCCAUACCUGGAACUCUGUUGUGUCUUUACCUAUGGGAUAUUUUUUCCUUUUUUUUUUUUUUUUUUUUUUUAAAAAAAAGGUUCAAAAAAAUACAGACAACUGAUUGUAUGACUGCUGGGAUAUUUUUAACUGUCUCUUCCCCUUUUGGCUCCAAGGGGAUGAGAUUUGCAGUUCAGCAUCUAAAGGAAUGUAACACAAAUACAGUCUGCUCCCUGGAAA